GUUUUUCACCUCUGUAGCUGAUGAGAGAGCUGCAGCUGCCUAUCUUUUUUUCUGCUACGUUUUCCCUGUGCGUCACUGCUGUACCAGGAAUCAAGCAUCAGCCACUGAUACACGGCUGUUUGAGAAUGGCUUUCACAUGGAGGACUGCUUGCCCUGCCUCUCCCUGCAGUGUGCCUGGAAAUCUUUACUAGCAAGGAUGAUGCUUUUCCCUGUGGGAUUUUCUGUCUCUCGUUGCUACAAUAGAAUUUCAGCCCAGUAUUUUUGCUGACUACAUGGAAUUGCCAACGACAAUGGUGUGCAAGGUGGAAGGGAGCUUAACCCACAUGUCAGUGGUCUAGGAUGGCCAGUGAAGGCUCCAAUAUUCCCAGUCCUGUGGUGCGUCAGAUAGACAAGCAGUUUCUUAUCUGCAGUAUAUGCCUCGACCGAUAUAAAAAUCCAAAGGUACUUCCCUGUCUGCACACAUUUUGUGAAAGGUGUUUGCAGAACUACAUUCCAGCCCACAGCUUGACCCUUUCUUGCCCUGUCUGCCGCCAGACAUCAAUCUUGCCUGAGAAGGGUGUCUCUGCUCUACAGAAUAACUUUUUCAUUACUAACCUGAUGGAUGUGCUGCAGCGGAGCCCAGAUAAUGGCAUUGAGGAAUCCUCCAUUCUGGAGACCGUGAGCGCUGUUGCGGCAGGAAAGCCAUUGUCCUGUCCCAACCAUGAUGGAAAUGUGAUGGAAUUUUACUGCCAAUCAUGUGAAACUGCUAUGUGCCAAGAUUGUACUGGAGGGGAACAUGCUGAGCACCCUACUGUGCCACUUAAAGACGUGGUGGAACAACACAAAGCUGCACUACAGGCACAGCUGGAUGCUGUCAAGAAAAGGUUACCUGAGAUUGAUUCUGCUCUUCAGUGUGUGUCUGAAAUUGUAAAUCAAUUAGCAUCACAAAAGACUAGUAUUGUUGAAGAAAUACACUCAACCUUUGAUGAUCUGCAGAAAACCCUAAAUGUGCGCAAAAGCGUCCUUCUCAUGGAACUUGAAGUGAACUAUGGUCUGAAACAUAAAGUUCUCCAAGCACAGCUUGAUACAUUAAUUGAAGGUCAGGAGAGUAUUAAAAGUUGCACAACAUUUACCGCACAGGCACUUAACCAUGGAACAGAAACAGAGGUUUUGUUAGUAAAGAAACAGAUGAGUGACAAACUGAAUGAAUUGGCAGAACAGGAUUUCCCAUUACAACCACAUGAGAAUGACCAGCUGGACUUUAUUGUGGAAACAGAGGGAUUGAAAAAGUCCAUUCACAACCUUGGAACUAUCUUAACCACAAAUGCUGUGGCCUCUGAAACAGUAGCCACUGGGGAAGGGUUGAGGCAAAGUGUGAUUGGACAACCAAUGUCAGUCACCAUAACGACAAAAGACAAAGAUGGAGAACUGUGCAAGACUGGAAGUGCUUACAUUUCAGCAGAGCUAUUCACACCGGAUGGUAGUGUUACUGAUGGUGAAGUAGUUGAUAAUAAAAAUGGUACAUAUGAAUUUUCAUAUACAAUUCCAACAGAAGGUGAUUUCACUCUUUCCCUAAGACUUUAUGAUCAACACAUUAAGGGAAGCCCCUUUAAACUCAAAGUAGUUAAAUCAGCAGAUGUUUCACCCACAACAGAAGGAGUUAAAAGGAGGGUGAAAUCACCUGGAAGCGGUCAUGUCAAACAGAAAGCAGUAAAGAGGCCUGCCAGUAUGUAUAGCACAGGAAAACGGAAAGAAAAUCCUAUAGAAGAUGACUUAAUCUUCAGAGUUGGAUCUCGUAAAGAUGAAGAUGUUCGUUCGCUUACAGGAACCAAGGGAAGAAAUAAAGGUGAAUUUACAAAUCUUCAGGGGGUGGCAGCAUCGACAAAUGGAAAAAUCCUUAUAGCAGACAGUAACAACCAGUGUGUUCAGAUAUUUUCAAAUGAUGGACAGUUUAAAAGCCGCUUCGGUAUUCGAGGCAGGUCCCCAGGUCAGCUACAGCGACCAACAGGAGUAGCUGUACAUCCAAGUGGUGACAUCAUCAUUGCAGACUAUGAUAACAAGUGGGUCAGCAUCUUCUCAGCAGAUGGCAAAUUUAAGACCAAAAUUGGAUCGGGAAAACUUAUGGGACCCAAAGGUGUUUCUGUUGAUCGCAAUGGCCACAUCAUUGUGGUGGACAACAAAGCCUGCUGUGUGUUUAUUUUCCAGCCAAAUGGAAAAAUUGUAACCAGGUUUGGUAGCCGAGGAAAUGGGGACAAACAGUUUGCAGGUACACUCGAUGGUCCUCAUUUUGCAGCUGUCAACAGUAAUAAUGAAAUAAUUGUGACGGACUUUCAUAACCACUCAGUUAAGGUAUUCAACCAAGACGGUGAGUUCAUAUUAAAGUUUGGCUCAAAUGGAGAGGGCAAUGGCCAGUUCAAUGCUCCAACUGGAGUUGCAGUGGAUUCCAAUGGAAAUAUCAUUGUAGCUGACUGGGGGAACAGCAGGAUACAGGUUUUUGAUGGAAGUGGGUCGUUUUUAUCUUAUAUUAAUACAUCUGCUGACCCACUCUAUGGGCCUCAGGGACUUUCCCUGACAUCGGAUGGUCAUGUGGUUGUAGCAGACUCGGGAAACCAUUGCUUCAAAGUUUAUCGAUACCUGCAGUAGCUAAGGGGCCAUAGCUUUAUGGUAAAACUGCAUUGCAUUUGAACCAGCACCUUCAUGCAAGAUUGAUUGGGAAAAAAAUCAUGCUUCUUAAGAAGUGAACUCCAAAAGACUUUGAUUUUAUUUAACCACGUUUACGGUCUGGUGAUGACUUGCUUUUGUUUAAAGUGUUUCAUCGCUAUGAAUUCAAAGUGGGCUUGUAAACGUACAAGGGGAUGGCAUUAACAUGUUAGAGGAACCUUAACACAAAAAUGUAAAUGACUCAUCUUGUGCACUUAGGUCUUAGACCUUUUAGAAUAUAUACUCAUGGAAUGGCGACUCCAUAUGCGAGUUUCCAAAUAAUUAUUAACCAGUUGUUAUACAUAUCUCUCCAAUGCUGAAAUCUGAAAGUCUUCUAAUCCAUGUAUAUUGGUAGCUGUUGUGUUAUAAAGUAGAUUGUACAACUGUACAUUAAUAUAGCAUUGCAAAGAACAGUGUAAUCAGUACAACAUUUUUAAGCUGUUGUCAUGUUUGUAAUUAUUACACAAAUCUAAGCAGCCUUAUAAGGCCAUGUGCAUUUCUAUUUAUUCUGUGGGAAACUGAUAUAAUGAGCAUACAUUCAGUACAUAUUGUUUCAUUUCAUGCAUUCUGACAAUAUUAUUUUUUUAUAAAACAGAAAAAAUACAAGUUUCAUAUUAAAACGUAUUCAUAGUUUUUUUUUUUUACUUCUAAUUUCCCAUGAGGUCAUGCUUUAUUAAUAACUUACUAUAGGGAAGCAAAAAGGGAAUCCGAACAAUAUUGCAUGCUCCCUUCCUAAUAAGACAUCUUAACAUAUAAACAUUGUUCUUAAUAUAAUGAAAGCAGAAAGACAACGUAGGCUGCCUUGAAAUGGAUAAAUAGCCAUAUGAAAAUUGGGUUGGGUGAGUUGCAUCUUAAUAGCACUUUCCAACAAUUUGAGUACAACAGUAAUUCUGAUAAUCUGAUUGAAAUAAUUUGAAUCUGAAAAAAUAGAAAUUAUCAAGGUGGGAGGAUCGUAUCUAAAAUUUUUUUUCCCCCUGUGCACACCUUUUGCCUUACAUCUUUUUGGUAGUGAAAAGAAACAUAAAGGUGAACUGGUAAAUGUAUGGUUUUAGGCUAUAGAAUUGCCUGAAAUCAGGGAAAGGUGGAUCUGUUGGGAAAAGCUUUGUCUGUUUUAAAGUAAGAUUUUGAUAAAAUAAACAUUUUUCAGUUUUUUGAAGGAACACUGGAAUGAUAUGUUUUAAUCAUGUCUUUGAAAUUCUGUAAAUCGCAUUUGACCAAUAAAUGGCAAAAUAACGAC